UUCUAUAUUACAAAGGCAGAAACGGUGAAGUUUGAGAAACGGAUCGCAUUUUCUCUGCACUUAAAACGAGUUGACCCAGAAACCCUACGAAAGAAACGCCAGGUUUCGAUACGCUCGAAUCUGCCCCGCCAAAAACAAAAAGCCGCUCAGUUGUCACCAACCAAGCUUGAAAGAAUGUCAUCAGAAUCUGAGAAGUGGGGAUGGCAGCAUGUUAGCAUAUUUGGUAGGUUUGACAAAGGGAGUGGUACCAAAAGGUGGAGAUGCAACCACUGUAACCUACGGUACAAUGGAUCUUAUUCACGUGUUAGAGCCCACCUACUUGGGUUUACUGGUGUUGGUAUUAAAAGCUGCCCAGCAAUAGAUGGGUCUUUAAGAGAAGCAUUUCAUAUCUUAGAGGAAGAACGCUUAACUCGUAAGAAGAAAUUAACUUCUGGGAGUGCAAAGCCUAGCAAGCGCAUUCGGAUUUCACGAUCAACUCUUCCCGACACCACUAAAGAAGAUAUGGAUGAAAUAGUAGCUAGAUUUUUCUAUGUUCAUGCUUUGAGUGUCAAUGCUGCCAACUCUCCAUACUUUCUUGACAUGGUAAAAGCAAUUGGUUGUUUUGGUCCUGGAUAUGAACCCCCAUCAGUAGAUGAGCUUUCUGAUUCUUUUUUAAGUAGAGAGAGAGGAAGGAUAGAGAAAUCUUUGGCUCUAGUUAGGGAGUCUUGGCCUCACACGGGAUGCACAAUAUUGUGUGUUGGUUGCUUAGAAAGCAUGCUGGGUUGCUUCCACAUCAAUAUAUUCAUCUCCAAUCCAAGAGGACUUAUGUAUCUAAAAGCAGUAGAUAUAGAUGACAUUGAUGGAGCAGACAAUGUAUUUGCAGGUGUCCUUGGUGAUACUAUCAUGGAAGUUGGGCCCAGAAAUGUGCUGCAGAUAAUCUCUCAUCUAGGUGACACUAGUAAAUUAUCUGAUUCGCUUAUGUUGUCAAGUUUUCCUCAUAUAUUUUGGUCUCCUUGCACUUCAAACUCUAUAUGCAUGUUGAUGGAAGAAAUAGCAGAGAUGGAUUUGUUAAAACCUGUUGUCCUAUGUGCUAAGAAAAUUAAGAAUUGCAUUACUACAUACCAGCAGUUUUCUCCAUGUAGUUUCAAUCAAAAUAUGGAGGGAAGCUCUGAUCCACCGUCUAUGAAGUUUGCACCUUCCCUCUGCAUUGUCCAGAGGAUUUUUGAGCUCAAGCGACUGCUUCAAGAGUUAGUUAAUAGUGAAGGGUGGAAGCAAUGGAAGAUUAGUAAUCCAGAUGACAUUUUAAGUAUUGAAGAAGCCAUUUUAAGGGAUGAUUUCUGGAGCGAUGCAUAUUUGCUGUUGCAAUUGUUUGAGCCAUUUGGAAGAUUGAUUGCUACCCUUAAUCUUGAAAAACUUGUCAUGGGUGAUGUUUGUGAUUGGCGGGUGCAGGCUCUUGAAGCUUUGAGGAAUAAGGGUAUUGAUGAAGGCACAGUAAAAAAAUUGGAAGAGCUGAUAGAGAACAGAUGGGAUGUGUUAUUUUCUCCACUUCAUGCAACUGGUUACUUACUGAAUCCUCGGUACCAUGGAAAAGGUCAAACCAAAGAUAAAGUUGUGAUGAGGGGUUGGAAAGCCACCUUAGAAAGAUACGAGUCUGAAAGUGCAAACAGGCGGGGUCUUAGAGAACAGCUCAGCUCUUACUGGCGGCUGGAGGGAUCCUUGGGAGAUGAAGAUGCUGUCGAUUGUAGGGAUAAAAUGGACCCAGUUGUAUGGUGGGAGAACUUUGGUUUCGAAACACCUGAAUUGCAGACACUAGCUAUAAAAGUUUUGAGUCAGGUUUCAAGCAUUGCAAUGUGUCAAGAGGUCUGUCAAGAAUAUGACUUUCCUGGUCCAGAAACAUCCAACAGAAUGGGAGUGGAGAGAGUGGAGGAUCUCGUCUUUGUCAGAAACAACCUCAGACUCAAUAGCCAAAGAAAUGGGAUCUCAAACUCCUUUUCUGGUGCAAAAAAUGCUAUUUUAUGCUCUCCAUCUGAAGCCAAGACAUGGGAUGAUUCUCAUAUUCAUCAAACUAAGGUUACUUAUAGCCAAAGUAUUCAUGACAAAAUGUGCUAGUUUUCAUCAGUUCCUAUGGUAGAUACAUUGGAGCCACUUACGGUUGGGGUGACAUUCUGCAAAGUUCAGCUGUUAUAAGGUUUUUGUUUGGCUUUGCUCUCUGUGUGCAACUUCUGGACUUCGGCUGUACAGAUGCUUGAUGCAUCUGUGAUCUUGUGUUAAAGAGAGACGACAAUAACCAUCCCUCCACAUUAAAAAGACCGUGAGUUGAAAAAGCAGAACAUCCGAGGCAGCACCAGUAGUACUGGUGCGAAGAAAGUGCUGAAGUAAGUUGGAGAUAAAAUUCAAGGAGUGGCGAUAAAUCUGGCUUUUCAACAAAUGGAAAAGCUAUCGUUGCACUCAAUGGUGACAUCGUCAUUGAACCAUCCCAGCUAGUGGAUAGAGAUGAACCAAGGUUUUGGAAAGAAGCAUCAAUGUAAGUGUGGUUAUGGUUGCUGUUCUUGGAGUGUAAAUGGAUUUAAUUUUCUAUAAAUGGGAUAUAUUCCUUGGUGGUGUUUAAGAAUUGGAGAGGAUUGGCCUGGUGGUUGGUUUAGCUUGAGAUAAUCCCAGAGAGCUGUAUUGAACUGAAACUGAUUGAACUGCUCAGGGUUAUCUUCGAGGAACUUGCCGUAGCUGUUGGGAGUGUAUUGGCUUUUGGUUUCACUGCUUGAACAAACAUCUACUAGACUUCUGGUCUCUGCUCCUCGAUGAAGAAGCUGGCUGACUCAAUGCAUGGAAUCUUCAUUGUGAUGCUCUGAUCUCCAUGCCCUGCCUCUGCUGCUGUGUCCCAAGUUCCCAUUCUAGCUGCUAGAAUGGGGUGUAAUCACACAAUUAAUGGAGACUAAUUAGUCUACUAGCUGCUUCAAGAAUGUCAUUUCUGAAAAUGUUGUAAAAUGGGUCAAAGUUUUGAGAACCAGAAUAUGAGUGCUAAAACCAGAAUAGAGCUGACCAAAUUAUUCUCUGGAUCAAAAAUAGCUUUU